AUGGAUACCAUAUAUAGCUCUCUUAUUUCUUUAAAUAAUACCAACGAACAUUAUAAAGGAGAAAACGAAGAGCUAAAUAUGAAAUUUAAUGUUGAGCUAUCAUCUUUUACUGAUUUUAUUUUAGAAGAUGAAUCGCAAAAAGAAAAUGUAAAUUCUAAAAUAAGUCAGCAAAUAAUAUCUUAUAUUUCAGAUGGUGACGGAAUAAUAACAAUUGAAAUUCUUUUUACAUUAAAUAUAAUUAAAGUCAAAUACUCUCAUAAAAUGCUGCAUCCCAGACCACAACAUACAAAAACAACUCAAGAAAUUCAGCAUUUUAUUCAACAUAAUAUUAAUUGCUCAGCUUCUGAAAUUUGGUAUCAGAUUCGGGAAAAUCAAAUCAAAGAACAUGAAUAUAUAACAGUUCAACAAGUACAAAGAAGAAAUUACCCUUUAAUUUCAACUUACGAAGGUGAACUAGUAAAUAUAUUCCAAUUCAGGGGUUCUUUAACUCAUAAGGUUUCCAAUAUUCAAGUAAUUCAAGAUUCAAUUAUUGACAAUGAAGAUUGUUAUAUAAUUGAAAGCGAUGAUGAAAAGCAGGAUACAUUCGAAACCGAUUUGGCUUAUCUACUUGGAAUUUUAGACAAGACAAAAGAAUUGUUAGAAGAAUCACGUAAUAAAACAAAAGGACACCUAUGGUUAGAAAGGAUUCGUUCAAACUUCAAGCCAUUAGAAAAAAUGAAUGACGAUAUCAUGAAAUUAAAAAAUCGUCGAACUAUGCCACAAACGUGGAAAGACUUUAAUAAUAAUACACAAUAUUGGGAAUAG